GGCGUCGCCACGAAUCUCUUGUCCUGGCAUGUACAGCACGCAGCCCUCCACUAGACAGCUGCCACUAGCGGGAGCCUCCUUUGUCAUGGCCCGCAGCCCUCCUCCGCCGCCUCCCGUCGUCAUCGGAUGUUGACUGACAAUUCUCGACCUUCUCUCCCUGUAAACCUUACCCGCUACCCCGCAGUAGGUCGCGUAGCUAAGUCCGACACGGUCUUCUACAUUCGAUUUCUUGCAAUUGUAUCCCACUGUCUCCUCCAAAGUUUCCGGUCCGAGCCCCUUCACCCCUUCCUUUCAGUCUACCCCACCGCCCACCCAAACCGCCUUGGCAUACGACAAGUUGUUGAUCAACGCUGUCUGCUGUCCAACUACGAAAACCUCUUCACCACGCUCUUUGAAACCCACGGGCCCCAAAGGUACCGACUUGGCCACCGUCGCAACCUUUGAUUCUCAUCACACGUCUCCUCACACGUCUCCCAGCUCGCAGCUACAGGAUCACCCUCUUCGGCGCGAUCUCCAACCCCAACGUUGGACACCAUGCGCAGCUUUUCUCAAGCAUUGACUUGUCUUCUUUCCCUGUCAUUACUCGCUCCAACCGCCUUUGCCCUCUCGUCAUGGUAUACGGAACCAGGCGGCACUCCUGCUGGUUCGGACGAUGGAGAUAAAGUCAGAGGCGUCAAUCUUGGCGGCUGGUUCCUCCUAGAGAACUGGAUGAUGCCCAGCUUUCUCGAGACAGAUAUUGUCAAGGACACUUACAUCAACGACGAGUGGUCCUAUUGUCUUGUCCUUGGACAGGAUGAAUGCAUGACAAGGCUCGAAGCACAUUGGGACAGCUACAUCUCCGAAGAUGACUUUAAACGUUUCGCCUACUACUCCCUCAAUACUGUUAGAAUUCCGAUGGGCUAUUGGGCCUGGACCGAUGUUGAGGACUAUGAGCCAUAUAUACAAGGUCAGUUGCCCUACCUCGAGCGAGCCCUCAACUGGUCAAGCUGGUAUGGUCUCGACGUCAUGUUGGACCUUCACGGCUUGGCGGGUGGACAGAAUGGCCAAGACAAUCAAGGCUACAAGGGACCCAUCGAGUUUCAGCUCAACACUACCAACAUGGACCGGUCUCUUGAGGCGCUCGCCAAUAUGACCGCGUUCGUUACGCAAGAAAAGUGGAACGGUGUGGUCAAGGCCAUCGAGCUCACAAAUGAGCCGUAUAUUCUCGAAUACAGUAGUGCGGGAAUGAGCUUUGAUGACCUUGCCGAUUUCUAUGUCAAGGGAUAUAAGACUGUCAGAGCCAAUGAGAAUAUCAUUAGUGGGGCCAACGAGACCAUGGUAGUCAUUCACGAUGCCUUCCAGCCGCUCUUGAAUUGGAAGUACUUUUGGUCAGAAGCGAGCUUGGGCUUGAAUUGGACCAAUUAUGCUCUCGAUACUCACAUCUACGACGUGUUCAACGGUGCCAGCUCCAAGACGCAUCAAGAGCACCUCGACACCAUCUGCGCCUUGUCGAGCUCCAUUGCUGAGGCUCAGACAUACUUUCCCGUGAUAGUCGGGGAAUUUGCUUUAGGCGUCAAUACUUAUUGCGUUGACUACCAAUCGUGUUGGGGGCUCACUCUCGACGAGGUCAUCUCCAACUUCACCUCCACCUACGAAGCUUCUCUCUUCCUCCGACAAUUCUGGGAAGUACAAUCCUCUGUCUAUGAGCUUGGUGCUGGAUGGAUAUUCUGGUCCGUCCAUCACGAGCUUGCUGGGCCUUGGAGCUGGACUCAAAGUGCCGCUCAAAACUGGAUCCCCCAGGACCCGACGGAGAAAAUAUACCCUUUCUACUCGGGCAACUCUUCUUCCUGUCUGGACACCGCCAACCCUUUCAACGGCGACAAUGACAGUCCCACCUUCCCCCUGUAUGCGAACAACUACACCAAUAUAGAUAUUUCUGGGGUUGAACCCAAAAAUCUCAACGCAAACAAUAAUGCCAACACAUCCAACUCAACGACAGGGUCGUCCUCUACCUCUUCUUCGGUUUCGACUGCAUCCUCAACGAGCGGUGCUCUCCACACGACUUCAUUCUCGAUCUCUUCAUCCAUCGUCUCUUUCGUAUUUUUGCUUUCAUACUUUACCAUUUUAUAGAUACUUUUGCUUUUAUCGGGACUGCUCCGCACAUUCCUCAUCUCUUACGGACACUGUCAUAAUUGACUCGGAUAUGGAUACAUUUGGG